GAAGGGCUCCAGAGGCUUGGCAUGUUCCUGUGUGGACGUGAAUCAGUGAGCAAGCCCAGGAGCCAGAGGGUGAGCCUUCGCCAGUAGGCGCCUCAUUCAUUCACUCGCCUCCCUCCUCAUGCCGGCUCUCGCAGCCCUUCGCCGGGGACUCCAACCUGUUUGUGGAGGUCACUCUUGGGCCGCCAGCAGCCUGUGGCUUCUUUCUUCCUUCGCCGCCACCUUGCAGCGCCUGGUGGUCGCUUCUCUAAGAAGACGAGUGGGAGCUGGAUACUGACUGAGAAGCAGCCCGGACGCCCCAGCGCACUCUGGGACAGCCUGUCCCUCCCAGCCCUAUUGUGUACAUCCCCGGAGGAAUUUACUUUGACUUCAGAAGCCCACGGGCCGGCACGCGUGGAAAGGAGAAUGUACCUAGAUCCAGAAUCCGCCAAAGGGUUGCCGUCCCGUGAUGUCCUUUUGGUCUCAGCCAUCAUCACCAUCAGCCUUAGUGUCACCAUUGUUCUGUGUGGGAUCUGCCAAUGGUGCCAGCGUAAGUUGGGCAAACGCUAUAAAAACUCCCUGGAGACAGUGGGGACACCAGAUUCCAGCCGAGGCCGCAGUGAAAAGAAAGCCAUCAAUGAUCUAGACAGAGACUUUUGGAAUAACAAUGACAACACAGUACAGCAGAAAUGGAGCUCCUACCCUCCCAAGGAGUUUAUACUAAACAUAUCACCUUACGCCCCAUAUGGUGAUCCACGACUUUCCCUCAAUGGCUCAUUGCUAUCAGGUACAAAGCUGGCUGCCUCAGCCACGUCAGGGUUGGCAGGGGAGCGAGAAGGACGACAUGGGGAGAGGCAGCAGCUCCGAGAGGACGGCAUGAAGAGCAGCGUGUCUGCCCAGAGCGAACCCAGCAUUGGGAAGGCGGGGAGAGGCCGAUGGCAAACGUUGCAGAGCCACCUAGCAUCAGGGAAACUCAGCCUAUCCAAUUUUGAGGAUUCUACCAUGUCCACAGCCACUACCCUUGAGUAUAUCCCCACCUCAGCAGGAGACCCGAAAUGUCAGCGCCCGCACACCCUUAUGCGCCAGCAGAGUCUCCAGCAGCCACUCAGCCAGCAUCAGAAACCUAACCACAGCCAACCCACCACCAGCCAGAGUCUGGGUCAGCUGCAAUCCCACACCGGCUCCUCCACCGGUGGCAACCCUCGGGGCUGUCGGAGUGGGCAGUCACGGCAAGGGAUCUCUGCUGGUGCCAAGAACAGGACAGCUGGUGGACGCAGCCGUUCCAACCCCGGGAGCUGGGACCAUGUGGUGGGGCAGAUACGGAACCGAGGCAUGGAUAUGAAGUCUUUCUUGGAAGGCCGUAUGGUGGUGUUGUCCCUUGUACUGGGGCUCUCAGAACAGGACGACUUUGCCAAUAUACCUGAUCUACAAGCUACCGGCAACCAGCAGAACCAGAACUCUCAGGGGGACAAGAGGUUGCCCUCUGGUGGCAAGGCAGUGAACACAGCACCUGUGCCAGGACAGAUGCAGCAUGAGGAGACUGACCACAAAACAGAGCCUCGCUCAUCCGUCACAGACCUCGUAAACUCCCUGACCAGUGAGAUGCUUAUGCUCUCUCCAGGGUCUGAGGAUGAUGAGGGACAUGACAGCUCCAGCCGGGAGAACCUCGGCCGAAUCCAGUUUAGCGUUGGUUACAGUUUCCAGGAAUCUACUCUGACAGUCAAAAUAUUGAAAGCUCAGGAGCUGCCAGCCAAGGAUUUCAGUGGCACCAGUGAUCCUUUUGUCAAAAUUUACCUCCUACCAGAUAAAAAACAUAAGUUAGAGACCAAAGUGAAAAGGAAGAACUUAAACCCACACUGGAAUGAGACCUUUCUCUUUGAAGGUUUCCCUUAUGAGAAAGUGGUACAGCGGGUACUCUAUCUACAGGUCCUGGAUUAUGAUCGAUUCAGUCGUAAUGAUCCCAUCGGGGAAGUAUCUCUUCCCCUCAACAAGCUGGACUUGACCCAGAUGCAGACCUUCUGGAAAGAGCUAAAGCCCUGCAGUGAUGGAAGUGGAAGCCGAGGAGAGCUGCUUCUGUCCCUUUGCUACAACCCUUCUGCUAACUCUAUUGUAGUGAAUAUUAUAAAAGCUCGGAAUCUUAAAGCCAUGGACAUUGGGGGAACAUCAGAUCCCUAUGUGAAGGUAUGGCUGAUGUACAAAGACAAGAGGGUAGAAAAGAAGAAGACUGUUGUGAUGAAGCGGUGCCUGAACCCUGUUUUCAAUGAGUCCUUCCUCUUUGACAUCCCCACAGAGAAGCUGAGGGAGACAACCAUUAUUAUCACUGUCAUGGAUAAGGACAAGCUCAGCCGGAAUGAUGUCAUUGGAAAGAUCUACCUAUCAUGGAAAAGCGGCCCGGGCGAGGUGAAGCACUGGAAGGAUAUGAUUGCGCAUCCCCGGCAGGCUGUGGCACAGUGGCACCAGCUGAAGGCCUGAGAGGCAGAGGCCAAUAAGUCGCUCUGAAUUUCAGUGCACCCAGUCAACGUUUAUUGGCCACCUUCUCACUACUUUAUGCACAACAGCUGCACCCAAGUCUCCCCCAGGGGGAAAAGCUCGGGAAUCACCAGAGGCUAAGGGAGUAAACUUGAUAUAUAUACCAAACUCUGGGAAAGUGGCGCUGGUGCCCAGUGUGCCGGUUCAGCACACAGCACCAUCAGGAGCAUCGUUAUUACCCAGCCUCCUGCUUUAGCGUUUCCUUCAGACUCCUUCUGUAGAAAGAAUGAAAGAGAGAGAGAGAGAGAGAGACCAGCCCUCCAGUUGAAAGUGGCCCCAGCACUGAUUUUCUUUGGGCUCCCAGUGUGGCACUGGCACUGGCGUGAUGUGAGGAGAGGGGUCUACUACCGCCAUACAAGACUUCCUAUGAGUUCUUCCAGCCAAAAACCCUUUGGGGUGACACCCUGUUCCACCAGGAGGAAGCCAGCCUCUACUGGCGGCUGCCCAGCCCGAAGAGGGGGAAGGGCAAGGAGAUCACACAUGCUGUUUCAAUGAGGUUGUUUCUUUAUAAUUCAAUAAAACUGGUAAGAGUAA